CCUCCUCCUUCUUCUCCUCCUCCUUCUUCUUCUUCUUCUUCUUCCCUCCCGCCUUUCCCCGGCCUUUCCCCCCGGGACGGGCAUGGCGGCGGCCGCCAACUUCGGCAAGAUCCAGAUCGGGAUCUAUGUGGAGAUUAAGCGGAGCGAUGGCCGGAUACACCAAGCCAUGGUAACGUCUCUGAACGAAGAUAACGAAAGUAUAACCGUGGAGUGGAUCGAGAAUGGAGAUACAAAGGGCAAAGAGAUUGACCUGGAGAGCAUAUUUUCACUUAACCCCGACCUGGCCCCUGAUGAGGACAUUGAACCCAGCCCAGAAACACUCCCACCUCCCACUCCUUCUGCCAAAGUAAAUAAGAUUGUGAAGAAUCGGCGGACUGUGGCUCCAAUUAAGAAUGACACUCCUGCAAGAGAUAAUAGAGUGGUUGGUUCUGCCCGUGCCCGGCCUAGUCAACUUCCUGACCAGUCUGCCUCUGCACAACAGAAUGGUAGUGUUUCAGAUAUAUCUCCAGUUCAAGCUGCAAAAAAGGAAUUUGGACCCCCUUCACGUAGAAAAUCCAACUGUGUGAAAGAGGUCGAGAAGUUACAAGAAAAACGUGAAAAAAGAAGGCUGCAGCAGCAAGAGCUUAGAGAAAAAAGAGCCCAGGAUGUUGAUGCCACCAACCCGAAUUAUGAAAUUAUGUGUAUGAUCAGAGACUUUAGAGGAAGUUUGGACUACAGACCCCUGACCACAGCAGAUCCUAUCGAUGAACACAGGAUAUGCGUUUGCGUAAGAAAACGGCCGCUCAACAAGAAAGAAACGGUAAUGAAAGACCUCGAUGUGAUCACAAUUCCCAGUAAAGAUGUCGUGAUGGUACAUGAGCCCAAACAAAAAGUAGAUUUGACCCGGUACCUAGAAAACCAAACCUUUCGCUUUGACUACGCCUUCGAUGAUUCUGCUCCCAAUGAGAUGGUGUACAGGUUUACAGCCAGGCCACUGGUGGAAACUAUAUUUGAGAGGGGAAUGGCCACUUGUUUUGCUUAUGGGCAAACGGGCAGUGGAAAAACCCAUACCAUGGGUGGUGACUUUUCUGGCAAGAACCAGGAUUGUUCUAAAGGAAUUUACGCCCUAGCAGCUCGUGAUGUCUUUUUAAUGUUAAAGAAGCCAAACUACAAGAAGCUGGAACUUCAAGUUUACGCGACAUUUUUUGAAAUUUAUAGCGGUAAGGUGUUUGACUUGCUAAACAGGAAGACCAAACUACGAGUGUUGGAGGAUGGCAAGCAGCAAGUCCAGGUGGUGGGCUUGCAGGAGCGGGAGGUCAGAUGCGUUGAAGAUGUUCUGAAGCUCAUUGAGAUAGGCAACAGCUGCAGGACGUCUGGGCAGACCUCUGCCAACGCGCACUCGUCUCGGAGCCACGCGGUGUUCCAGAUCAUCCUCCGACGGAAAGGAAAGCUGCACGGCAAGUUUUCCCUCAUCGACCUGGCCGGGAACGAGAGGGGAGCCGACACAUCCAGCGCAGACAGGCAAACGCGGCUCGAAGGUGCCGAAAUCAACAAGAGCCUCUUGGCACUCAAGGAGUGCAUCAGAGCCUUGGGCCGAAACAAACCUCACACUCCCUUCAGAGCGAGCAAGCUCACUCAGGUGCUACGAGAUUCCUUCAUAGGUGAAAACUCCCGCACGUGCAUGAUCGCUACCAUCUCUCCUGGAAUGGCAUCAUGUGAAAAUACUCUAAAUACCCUAAGAUACGCAAAUAGAGUAAAGGAGUUUGGAAUUAGUCCUUCCGACAUUCCCUUCUCCCAGGGGGGCGGCAGCCGCUCCGACCUCUCUCCCUCCUAUGAAUGUGACGACUUUCCUCCUUCGAUGGCCAGAGUGAAAGAACUGACCGUGGACCCGACGGCGGCUGGGGACGUGCGGCCGGUUCUGCACCAUUCGCCCAAUCAGAUUGACGACCUGGAGUCGCAGUGGGGCGUGGGGAGUUCCCCUCAGAGAGACGACCUCAAACUCCUGUGUGAGCAGAACGAAGAAGAGGUGUCCCCUCAGUUGUUUACCUUCCACGAAGCGGUGUCUCAGAUGGUGGAGAUGGAAGAGCAAGUCGUAGAAGAUCACAGGGCCGUGUUCCAGGAGUCUAUUCGGUGGCUGGAAGAUGAGAAAGCGCUGCUGGAGAUGACUGAGGAAGUGGACUACGACGUGGACUCGUACGCCACCCAGCUGGAGGCCAUCCUUGAACAGAAGAUCGAGAUCCUGACCGAACUGCGAGAUAAAGUGAAGUCAUUCCGGGCAGCUCUCCAGGAGGAGGAACAGGCCAGCAAGCAGAUCAACCCGAAAAGACCCCGGGCUCUCUAACGGGGGCUUGCUGCCGGAGGCCCCCGGCCCGGCGGGGAGCCCGCCGAGGUCCGGCCGGAAGGACGACCCGAAAGCGUCCGCGGAAGCGGCCCGGUGGGCCCCGUCGACGCUCCCGGUCGGCGCGUGCGCGGAAGGCCUCCGACGCCCGUCCCCGCGGCCCGCCGGGGGCGCGCGGCCGACGCGGCUCGGCGCCCGGGCUCAGUGAUGAUGAAUCCCUUGGGUUUUUUUUUCCUUCUUCUUCUUUUAGUAACGGAUCGGGCUCUGGACUUGGGGGGCGGGGAGGAGGGAAGGGGAGGAGGAGCCACGGUAUUUCCUUUUAAUUCUUUGUAAUACAACCGACUGGCCGGGCAGCUUUCAACUGUGUUUGCAUGCAUGCGUACCUCAUCUGUGAUUGUACAUACCCCCUCCCCUCCCCGCCCCCC